AUGGGUUCUGCAGCAUUGCACAUGUGCCAAAUUGCAGCCGGCCAAGGAGACGCCUUCUAUGAAUUCGGCAUCCACUGCUGGGACUACGCUGCCGCCUGGCUCAUUGUCACUGAAGCUGGGGGUUACUGCUGCAACAUUGAUGGUGAGUUCACUUCUCUCUUGUGUCUGGUCACAUCAACGCACCACUGCCAACUUAUAAGCCGAGCGAUACAAGCGAUACUGACACAUCUGGAUUUACUGAAAGUGCAUCCAGGAAUGCGAAUGGAUGUUUUUUGUUUUAUUUAUUUAUAUCAAAUGGCAGGCGUCUUGAUGGUUAUCAUUAGCCCUUUAGUUGACUUCAGGCUUCACAGAGGGGAAGGAACAUCAAAGUGA